AUGACCUCCAACAAUGCCGGAAGCCCAUCGGAAUUCUUACGGAACGUCUUGGGUCAGACCGUCACAAUCAGAUUGACCACCGGAACCGACUACCGAGGACGCCUCUUAUGUCUAGAUGCGCGAAUGAACGUUGCUCUCGAACAGGCGGAUGAGAUUACAAACAAUCGAGUCGUUGCUAGCUACCCCGAGACCCUGAUACGAGGCAACAACGGUAGGCCCUCAAUGAACCGUUUGAUGCGGGCUACAACGGUCACACACGUUGGCACAGCCUUACGCACACUCACAUAA